AGGCCAAUUCACUUGACCAAAGGCCAUAACAGUGUCAGAAGACCCCUCCAACACCCAGCAAUUUAUUCCCAGUGACUACAGCACGACCUACGGUGCUCUCGUUUGAAGCCGAAUCCCUUCCCAGACAAACUCGUGCCUCCAGGACGACUUCGCACUUAGAUGCCUUACUCUGCGUUCGAACAUGUCGAGCCUCAAUAUCCCUGCUCUGCUCGUCGAACUCGGUUCAAUACCUCUGCCAGUCGCCGGACGUUUCGUCGAUGAGUCCACUAUCCAGGUCACUUACUCGGUUGCUGACUACGCACGGAGCACCAGACGAGCUACCAGUAGAACGAUAUGGCUUGACGGUCCUCGGUUUCGUAGAGCGCCGACGCAGGACAUCUCCGAUGUUGUUCUGAGUGCACUGUCACCCUCGGGUGAGAUGGAAGCCGUUCUGCGCGAGACCGCGGACAGGAAACGCGUCGUCGAGGUCUGGCGCGCGGGACAACUUGACGUAUCACACGACGUGACGGAGGCGCACGACGGGUUCUACAGUGACGCGGCGUAUGGGACGCUGCAUUUCUCGCCGUCGGAGACAGCAGUGAUCUACGUGGCCGAGGCAAAACCACCUCAGAAUGCAGAUCCUGCGUACAAGAAGUUCGAGUAUACUCCGCCUCUGGGAGAAGGAUACCCAGGUCGCAAGCGGCCCACGGUGUUCAUUCUUCGCUGGGCAGCCCCGCAGGCGUCUGUUGGAGAGCACUGGGAGUCCCCAGUUCUUGCAUCGCUGGACCUCAUCAGUGCCUCGAAGGGUGUACCGACUCGCUUCGGCCAGGUUCUUUUCUCACCAUACGACAAGGAGGAGCGUCAGCUGUACGCGACUGGUUACGACUUGGCACCAGACGGACGCCUUCUUGGCAUCGUCUACUGCGCCAAUCGCCCCAGUGGGAUCUGGCACCUGACGAUCCCUUCGGUUGAGCGGAAGGAUGAGGCCGCCGAAGCGAAGCCCGUCCGCCUCGCUGUAGACUCAGCGACACGCUUGACUCCCGCCAACUUGGCCUGCCGCUCGCCUCGCAUAGACCACGCAUCUGGCGAUCUCUACUUCAUCGCUUGCCCUGUAGGCGGACCGCAUGCAUCUACGACGACCAUCUGGAGAUUCCCGAUAACCUCUUCCACCAUCGAGAAGGCCGCGCCGCAGCUCGUCCUCGAUGUCGUGCAAGACCCCUACGCUGAUAGUGCGCUCGAUGACCUGGAUGCGCCUUUUCCAGGCUUCUAUCCCGGCAGUGUCCUCCCGAAGUCCCCCUUCGUCACGAUCAGCGACAAGCUUUAUAUCGUCUCAGUCACGACCUGGCGUUCUCGCGAUACCGUCGUAAUGAUCUCCGCGAACAAGGUGAGGGACUUGUGUCCCGGCGACGAGGUUGUCAGCUGGGCGGUGCUAGACGUACGCGGCAACAAGAUCCUCGCAGUGCGCAGCUCGCUGUCGAUCCCGUAUGAACUUGCUGUGGGCAAUUUGGAUGAGGCAGGGAAGGUGACGUGGAGCGUCGUCGAGAAACCUGCGCUAAAGCCAGCUGUUCGCGACGUCCUCAGUCGUAUGACGACCUCCGUCUUGCAAGUGCCGGGGCACAAGACGCUAGAGGGACUUGUGCUUAGUUUGUCCGGAGGCAGCACAAAUGGAACACCACCUCCGACUAUCCUUGAGCCUCACGGCGGCCCUCAUAUGGCUGCUGUACCGGAGUUUUUCCUUCGCACGGCAGUCUUUGUGGCAGCUGGAUGCUCUCUGGGCUUCGGCGAAGCUGCCGUCCGCGCACUUCCUGGCAACUGCGGCAGACUUGACGUCGAGGACUCCCUUGCGGUCCUCCGCGAGCUGAUCCGGCAGGGGAAGGCAUCGGACGACCCACGCAAGUUGUUUUACACGGGUGGGAGUCAUGGCGGCUUCAUUGGUGGACAUAUCGUAGGCCAAUAUCCAGACCUCUUCGGUGCCUGCGUCCUGCGCAAUCCAGUUAUUUCUGUGGGAGAAGUAUCGACUUCGGAUAUGCCGGACUGGUUCUUCAACGAGUUUGGUAUUGAGUAUCCAGUCAUCGACAGCGACGGCGCGAAGCGUAAGCAGGGUCAAGCCUUGCUUUUCCUCAGUCAUCAGAACUUGACUCUUGCUUCUGCAGCACCGCUCAUGACACCCGAAAACUACGCGCGUCUGCAUAGCGCUUCACCCAUCGCGCACGUCGAGCGGGUGCGCACGCCUGUCUUGCUACAGGUCGGCGACUCGGAUUUGCGUAUCGCACCGACAAAUGGCUUGGGCUACUACCACGCCCUUCGCGCGUAUGCAUACAAAGAAGAUGGCCUGGAGGACACGGAGAAAAGCAGUCGAACGAACUUACUCGUGUUUCCGGGAAUGAACCACGGUUUAGAUGGGCUGGAGGAGAGUAAAGCGGUGAUACUGUCGACCUUGGCUUGGUUGGGAAAGUGGGGAGACAGGCCUUGAGGUAUAUUGCAGUUUAGUCAGUACGGACAAUCUCGUGGCAGCGUACACUUCGUGCGAAAGGCGCUUGCUAGUAGACGUUGAUCACCA